AUGCUACAAAAUUAUUUGAAAAACAAGCGCGUUCUCUUAAAGCUUUCCUAUCUUACACAGCAUUGCCAGUCAAAUUAUCCAUUUACUAUAGCCGACUUUGACAAAAGAUUGGUGAAAUAUGUACAGAAAAAAUACAAGGAGUUCAGAAACAAACAAAUACGGGUCGCAAGAGCAGAAAAGCGUGAUUGUUACGAUAACGUAUCCCUUUCGAACUUUAAUGAUUUUAUAUUGAUGAAGCCCACGAACGACAAGAUCUAUAAGUGUUUGAGGCCCGACGACAUGGUGAUGGAAUGGCUAUUGGAGGUAUACGAUAAGGGCGGUUUUAAGGAGUGUCCGUUCUGUUUCAAGAAAAUUGAUGCAAAUUCUUUUGAACAACACGUGAAGAACGAAAUUAAUCCGGAGAGCAGCGGCCAGAGUACAAACAGAAUUAAAGUGCUAAUCGAGUUUGAAUGUGAUAAAAAGGUUGUGCUUAUUGCAUCUAAAAGUGUAAAGGAAGCUAAGAAGGAGAUCGGUGCAGAACUUAAAAUACCUGUUUCUAAAUUGCAUUUGUUUGAGGGAAAGAGAGCACUGAAGAAUACCGAUGACAUUUGCAGUAAUGAAAUAAUAUUGAGAAUGAAGCGUUGA